AUGGAGUCCAAGUUCCUGAGAUCGGCAGAAAGACAACUGUUUGCGGCUCUUAAAAAACCAGCCACUGGACCAGACGACAUACCUUUUUGGGUGAGGGAAGACCAGGCAGAAAUCUUUACACCUAUAAUUUGUAAGAACUGGAACUUGUCUCUGAAGUUUAGUACCUGGCCCUCAUCGUGGAAAAGAGCUCACGUAACACCCCUCACUAAGGUUGAUGUUCCCAAGGGAAAGACGAAUCAAAACAGAGGAAUCAAUAGUACUCCAGUAAUUGCGCGAGCUUUUGAGAAGAGCGUGUAUAACAUCCACGCGCGGGACACUGUUGAGAAACACUUGAGCUCGACUCAGUUCGCUAACAGAACAGGGGGGAGCUGUAUAGAUGCACUUAUAAGUAUGCCGCACAUCGCGUACAGCUAUCUCGACGAUCCUAAGUGCAAAGCUGUGCGGUUAUUUGCUAUGGAUUUCAGUAAAGCGUUUGACAGCGUUAAUCACGAACUUUUGUCUAUUAAGCUUAAGCAGGUACCAUUAAAUCCAUUUAUAAUCAAUUGGUACUUAAGCUUUCUUGAGAAAUGUCAACAUCGCGUGAUUUACAAUAGUUUUCGAGGACAGUGGAAAUGUGUUAAUGGCGAAAUGGGUAACUCGACAUAA